AUGGUUUUUCUGGGAGAAGGGAACGCACUUCCUCCCCCGACCCGGGGCAUUGUGUGCGACGUAGAGGUUGGAGACGCUAAACCCAUUUCCAUGAGGAUGCCUACCGAUUCAUUGUCCAAUCUAAUGGGUAUCGGCCACUGUCCCGUUAUGAAAAAUAAUUUCACCGACGUCCGCUUGUGCUUCGACUAUCCUGAUGAACUACCCCGAUCACUAAUCGUUGAACUGAUGAGCAACUUCGCCGCCUCUAUGUGGCUCAUGACUCUGGACAAGGCAAGAGGGUUCUGGGUGAUUCCGAUGACGGCCCGAUCUCAGCUGAUCUCGGUAUUCGUUUGUCCGCUCGGACCCUUUCAGUGGAAACUCAUGUCGUUUGGGUUGAAGGCCCCAUUGAUUUACCAGCAGCUCCUAGACAAUUGUCUUGGGCUCUGUCCGGAUACGCCCAAAAGAGAAACGGCUUGUGGAUCUGGAGGUGCUAGAGUAUCCCGGAAUCCCAUGAUACGGAGCCCCGAGGAUGGUGGUCUCCUGGAUCAUCCCGACACCGUGUUCCACCAGAACCGGGUUGCCCCGGAGCCGAUGGGACCUGUGCUGUCCUGGAGUUGGUACAUUGACGAUAUCAGCUACGGGGCUCCGUCCUGGGACGAUCUGUGCAAAACGCGGAAUGACCUCCUAUACCAACUACGGUACUGGAACAUCGCGGGGGGGUGA